CAAAGAUAUUUUUUGGGAAACUUUAAAAGGCCUCAGGAACCUAGAGCUAUAUUAUUUAAUUCCAUUCUAAAACAUCAAGAGGACAUAAGACUGCAUUGACUUAACGUAAAUAAGAUGAGGGAUAACUUAAGACAUUCAUCUUCUUUGUUCUACAGAUUAGCUAUCCACGCCACUAUCUGUCUGCCUUUCAUUUUCUUCAUCAUUGUGAGAAAGAAUCCCUACACAUUCACCCUAGGAAUGGCUCAGGCUUUGGUGACAGCCCUUAUGAUUUCUUCCAGCUCUGCUACCCUACCAGUCACCUUCCGCUGUGCUGAAGAGAACAACCGCAUUGACAAGAGGAUAACUCGCUUCGUGCUCCCAGUAGGUGCCACCAUUAACAUGGACGGCACAGCACUCUAUGAGGCAGUGGCUGCCAUCUUCAUCGCCCAGCUUAAUGACUACCCUCUGGACGUGGGCCAGAUUGUCACUAUCAGGUUGGCCAUUUGUUUCUAGUAUAGGUGA